UUUCCUCUGGUGUUUACAUCUAAAAGAAGCGUUUAGGUAACUUCAACAUGUCAGCCUCCAUCGCACGGGCGACCGUGAGAGCGGUGAGCAGACGGAAAAUACUGUCAACAAGAGCCGCUUUAACACUGACGCCUUCAGCUGUAAAUAAAGUCAAACAGCUUUUAGAUAAUAAACCAGAAUAUAUUGGCCUGAAGGUUGGUGUCCGAACCCGAGGAUGCAAUGGCCUCACGUACACACUAGACUACACGAAAAAUAAAGAGCAGUCAGAUGAGGAGGUGUUACAGGACGGCGUGAGGGUGUUCAUUGAGAAGAAGGCUCAGCUGACGCUCCUCGGCACAGAGAUGGACUUCGUGGAGACUAAGCUCUCCAGCGAGUUUGUGUUCAACAAUCCCAACAUCAAGGGCACGUGUGGCUGCGGAGAGAGCUUCAACAUAUGAUUCAGGACGCCCGUGCGAACACCAAUCAUGGGUAAAACGCUCCCAUACAAACAUCCAUCCUGAAGACUCGUGGGUAAAAGAGACUGAUGCUUUAGUGGCCUGUUUGGGCAUCUUUUCCUGUGCAGCGUCCAGAUUGCACAACAUCCACUGAUAGAGGGUCAUUCGCAUAAUAAUGAUCAUUUUGCUUGUACACAGUUUAUUUAUGUGCAGCUCAGAGGGGAACUGCACUCCAUAUUAAGAGUUUAAUCUGUGCAAAGAAAGUGCUGUACCUGUCCAGUCGCACUGAUGUGUAUUUAUGUUUAAUAAACGUGACAUAACGCCUCAACAUGCAUAAGAAAUGUGCAUUUGUUAUUUUUCGGGUUACGUUUGGUGGAUUGUUGACCAGCGUUACAGUCUGCAAGUCAAACUUAGGAGACAGUAAGAUUUGUUAAUGCUGUAAAA